GUUUCAAGUUUAAGAUAACUAGGUUAUGUUACAGUGACUUACUGAAAAAGCGUUAUUAACAAAAAUAUCUGAAAAUGGCUUCAGUUUUAGCGCCUGAAAUACCCGCUGAAGGAUUUUCCUUUGAUUUGUGUCAACGUAAUGAACUUCUAUCGGCAAAAGGAUUUCAAGUGCCGAAAGCACAAAAAACAGGAACAACAAUUGCCGGAAUAAUUUUUAAAGAUGGAGUUAUUUUGGGCGCUGAUACGAGAGCAACAAGCGAUACAAUUGUAGCUGAUCUGAAUUCGGAAAAAAUUCACUAUCUCAGUCAGCAUAUUUAUUGCUGUGGAGCUGGAACCGCUGCUGAUACGGAAAUGACAACUCAAAUGAUUUCGAGUCAAUUGGAAUUGCAUCGUCUGCAUACUGGACGCAUUGUACCUGUGAGUACGGCAAAUAAAAUGCUUUGUCAACUUUUGUUCCGUUAUCAAGGACAUAUUGGUGCUGCAUUGGUAGUCGGAGGCGUUGAUCUUAAGGGACCGCAUAUUUUCUGCAUUUAUCCUCAUGGCUCAUCUGAUAGUUUACAAUACACGACAAUGGGCUCUGGAUCCUUGGCUGCAAUGUCAGUUUUUGAGAGUCGAUGGAAGCCGGGUUUAACUGAAGAAGAAGGCAAAAUACUAGUGGCUGAUGCAAUUCGCGCUGGAAUUUAUAACGAUUUAGGCUCUGGAAGUUCAAUUGAUUUAUGUGUUAUUCGCAAAGGUUCAACGGAAUAUAUCCGUCCAUAUGAACUUACAAGUAAAAAAGGCGAACGACAAAAAUCAUAUCUCUUCAAACGUGGAACAACAGCAGUGCUUAAUAAAGUUGUACGACCAAUUAUUGUCGAAGAGGAAAAUGUACGCCGAGUGGACUCCGACUCAAUGGACACAUCAUCCUAAGUUAAUUUCUAUUUCAUAUUAAAAAUUUUACUACAAAAUUUUCCUUCAUGAAUAAAUCUCGUAAGUUUUCAUAGGA